AUGCACGGCAGUGAGACCUCCCUGACCAAAUUGAAGGUCAAUUCUGAAGUCAGAUUACAGGAGGAGGCACGAACAGAACAGAGGAAGAAGGGUGUUAUGCUACUCAUCCUGCAUCAUCUCGUAGCUCAUGGAUAUGUGUCAACUGCUGAAAGAUUGCAAAUUGAAGCUAAUGUAUCCAUGAAAAAGUGGACGGUCGCUGAUAAUCUAGAUCUACUCUCCGUUGUCCAGGAGUUUGAAAACUUUUAUCAACUCAAGUUUGGUCGACCUGCUAAACUAAUGAGAGCAUUGAAUUCUGGAGAAACGGGCAUCGACCUUCCAAAACAUUCCAAGUCCAGGAAUCCAACAUAUCAAGAUCUUUCUAGAGAGGAAGGGACGACCAUUCCCGAUUCUGUAGCGAAUUUGACCAGACUCAGUCCAUCAAGAGUACCUCCCAUAACACCCAAAGACAAGAAGCCUUCCGCACAAAUUGCACCAUCUGCAGAACCUCUUUCACGAAAACCUUCAUCGUCUAGUGUGGAAGGCAUAAUUGUUGCCAGCACCACAAUUAAACAACGACCACAACCAAACAGCAUUCCGAUAUUGACGAGGGAAUCGAAAAUACACGAUGAAACUCCCGUCGACGCUCCGGAGGACUUGUAUUCAGAUCGAUUACUGAAACCGAUACCAGGAUAUGGUAACAGUGAAUUCAGAGAACUGGCUUCUAUUAUUACCAGGGACAUCUUCGUGGAGAAUCCCAAUGUGAAGUGGGACGACAUUGCAGGUCUAGAUGCUCCUAAAAGGCUCGUGAGAGAAGCCGUUGUGUAUCCUACCAAAUUCCCAGAAUUAUUCACAGGUAUAUUAUCACCAUGGCAAGGGAUUCUUUUAUACGGACCCCCGGGAACGGGGAAAACCAUGUUGGCAAAAGCAGUAGCUACCGAAUGCAAAACCACCUUUUUCAACAUUUCAGCAAGUAGCAUCGUGUCCAAGUGGAGAGGAGAUUCUGAGAAACUUGUUCGCGUCUUGUUUGAAUUGGCUAGAUAUCAUGCUCCUUCGACAAUCUUUCUUGAUGAACUUGAGUCCAUAAUGUCACAACGCUCAUCAGACAACUCUGAACACGAGGGAAGUCGAAGAAUGAAGACUGAACUUUUGAUUCAAAUGGAUGGAUUGGCUAAAUCUGCUUCUGGAUCGCAACAUGUGUUUUUGCUGGCCGCUUCCAACCUGCCUUGGGAACUGGAUGUUGCUAUGCUUAGACGGCUUGAGAAGAGAAUUUUGAUUGAUCUACCAGACCAAGCAUCAAGAAUCAAUAUGUUUGAACAUCAUUUGAAUUCAAGCAUGGUUGAUUCUGCUGGACGGCGACUUGUUGAUGAGUUGGAUUAUGAAAAGCUGGGGUCACUUACACAAGGCUAUUCCGGAUCUGACAUCAAGCUAGUCUGCAAAGAAGCAGCCAUGAGACCAUUACGUGCAGUUUUUGACAUGCUUGAAAAAGAUGGUGGUGUUGAUUCAAACUUGCCAGCUGCUGAUUUGAGGAAGCCAAUCACCAUGGAAGAUGUGUUGUCGGCCUUGUCAUGCACUCGACCAGCAAGUGAUACACUUUUGGGUGAAAAGUAUCGUAAAUGGCAACGAGAAGUUGGAAGCGAAUAG